AUGAAUCAAUCAGCCGCAUACACGCCCCUCGAGUCGCUGUUCCUAUUCCAGUCGUUAUUGACUCAAGGCGCCGACCCUGGGGCCUUCGCGCGUAUCUCUGAACAGCUAACGGAGAACUCACUCAUCAAAGAGGGAGCCACCUAUGAUCCCACACGAUUAAAGCCCGAUGCGCUUCAACAUCUUUUUCUACGACUGUUUGGGGAGGAGUUGAGGGGCGACUCGGACAAGGAUACAGCCGACAAUCCAGCAGCAUCACCGAAUACUCAAAAACGAAAACUCGAGAGCCCUCCGCUACCGACAUUCAAAGAUGUGUACGACAAUGUCGAAAAGGUGCAUUCGCUCGUGCAGCGCCUCUGGCAGCAAUAUAGCGCUAAGAUCGUUGGCCACAUUCGGGAGGAUGAACAAAAGAUCGACGCGUUGCAGAAGGAUAUCCAUUUCUUAGACCGAACUGCACGAGAACGGCGCGCUAGAGCCGCAAGUCAGAACGGUACGCCUGUGCUUGCUGCUAGGGACCAGAAGGCUUCUGUUCCGUCUAAUGGGCCAACUCCUCCACCUGCUGCGACGACGGGUGCAGCGACUCCUGUUCGAAAAGGAAUUACACCUCAGACGCCAGUGCUCCCACCGAAACCUCCUGUUCCUCACAGCAAUCAACCAAGCGUUGCACCGCCCAGCCACUUGCCCGCUGGAACAACGCCGAUACGACCUUCUCCGUCACCAAACCCGCCUAAUGCUAAUGGUUCGGUGCUUCAACCUCCCCCAGGAGUUCCUCAAACUGGACCACGACCGCUGCAGGCAUCGCAGCCUCCUAAGCAGACUCUAACCCCUCGGCCGGAAGCUGCAGCGAAGCCGAAAGACAGCACCGCGGUUCCUCAAAAUGCGUCACAAGGAGCUGCUCUCAAGUGGGAGAAGCCUUAUCAACCACCGCAGACUCAUACGCCCCCUCCUCGACAGCUUCAGUCGCCUCUUGCUCAAGGGGCAAUAGCUCCGCCCCCAGCACAGCAGCAUCCACAGCAACAGCAGUACUCACAACCCCACGGACAAUAUCCUCAGCAAGUGCCGCAACAGCAGCAAUGGUACCCUCAACCAACCGCGCAAUUCUCGCCAAAGCCUGGAGCUCAACCGCUUGCGUCCCAUCCUCAAACGCCUCAGCACGUUCAGGUUCAACCUCGACCACAACCUGUUGCUCCGCAACCGCCCCAGGUUCAACCCCAGCAACAGGGCCAGCAAACGCAGCAACAGGGUCAGCAAACGCAGCAACAGGGUCAGCGAGCGCAGCAACAGGGUCAGCAAGCGCAGCAACAGGGUCAGCGAGCGCAGCAACAGGGUCAGCAAGCGCAGCAACAAGGCCAGCAAGCACAGCAACAGGGCCAGGAAGCGCAGCACCAGCAACAACGUUCACAGCCUCACAUACAACCCCAGCAACGACUACGUGCUCCCCAGACACAGCAUUCUCAGCAAAAUCCACAAGUCCCUAUUCCUCAGCAACAACAGUCCAAGCCUCGGCCGACCCCUGUAAAGCCAGGACUAGCACCCCCACAGCACGCUGGCCAAAUACCACCACCACUGCAACCAGCGCCACCACGAUCGUCAAUAGACUUGACUGGAGGCCAGACGCUCCAGGCUCGGCCAUCUUCAACCACACCAGUGCCACAUCCUCGUCCUGUUCAGCCAACGCAAGGGCAAUCUCAGCAUGUUCGACCGAUUGUUCCAGCUUCGCCUCCUGUAGGAAGCUCAGGCCCGAUUGCAACGCCUCAGCAGCGCCAGCCCUCGGGAUACCAGCUCCAACAACCUCAAUAUGCGUCGCUAGCGGGCUCAUCUGCUUCACAGGCCUCAAAGGCAGAGAGCAAGAACCAACCUUCGCAAAAUGCUCCCCAGCAGCCGGUACCUGGCGCUUUGGGAAACAUUAUUCGUCAAGUCUUGAAUACUCCAGCGAAGAGACUUGCGACACCACCCGGGCCACGCACCCCUACUUCGACCUCAGCGCACCUUCUUCAAGGAUUUGGAACAAAAUGGGCGCCUCAGUCGACUCCAUCGACCCCUGGCCCUGGCCACGUGUAUGCUGCCCCCCAAAGUCCAGCUUUCGAGCCGGUCAGCCCACCUUCUAAGAAUGCGACGUUGCCUAGUUCUGCUGCGUCUACGCCAAAACCCAAGAAGAAAGCACCCAAGGCAGUUCCAAAGCUUGAGCAACCAGCGCCUAAGCCCCGGGGCCGAACUGCCAGACCCAUUCAGAAAGCUCGAGGUGUUAGCUCUACUCCUUCAAUCAGUCGGUCAAGGCGAAGCCAGUCUGUCAUGUCUCACACCGAUGAGCAAGCGACGCAGGCUAGCGAAACAGCACCCAGAAUCAAGGAUGAGGAUGCCACACCUCGGCCCACUGAAGAGACAGGCGAUACGACUGCUGACGAAAGUGUCCCCGGUCGGGCUCAGAUUAUGACGCCUGGGAGUGUCUCUUCGCGCCUUCAAAAACGAAAGCGACAAGGCACACCUCCUGACUUGCCCCCUGAGACUUCCCAGGUUCUGUGGACUCGAGGGUUUACAAAGGUGUCAUCAUCUGCUCUUGACCAGAUCUCGAGCCACCGUGAUGCCAACAUGUUUGCUACUAGACUUCGCGAGAAGGACGCGCCCAACUAUCGCCAGAUUGUGUUGCAGCCCCAAGAUAUAACAUCUAUCCGGUCUGCUAUCAAGCAUGGAAAUAAAGCGGCUGUUCAAGCUGCGGCAAACCUCCCUGGAGGUGACCCCAGCACUGCCCAUGUGUGGUUGCCAAUGUCUGAAGAGCUUGUCCCGCCUAAAGGUAUCAUAAACAGCGCUCAACUCGAACGCGAACUGGUCCACAUGUUCUGCAAUGCUAUCAUGUACAACGCCGACCCUGAUCGCGGUCCCGGACCAGCCUUUAUGAAACGGUCUCAGGAAGAGGAGGAGGAGAUAGUUGGCUACCGCCUCGACGAGAACGGCGUUGUGAAAAACACUCGCAGCAUGUUCGUAGAGGUCGAGAAGCUACUAGGCGAUCUACGAAGCGCAGAAAAAGAGCGUAGCGCUCCUCCACCGUCUGCUCGCCCAGCCAGCGUCGCCACACCCGCCGAGGAAACGGGUGACGAUGAUGACGAUAAUGGGGAACGCGAAAUUGGAACUGCCAAGAGACGUCGCAUUGGAGGCAGGGGCUAA